GCAGUGUUUGACAAGGAACAUCACUUUCAUCACAUGAGGUCGUCGACUCGUCGGCAAUCAAAUCCCAGGUGCGUUUUAGUGUGUGUGUGUGUGUAUAUAUGCAGAGUGCUGCCCAUCAAAUCCCUACCAAAAUCCACAUCCUGAAAUCUCAAACAAAACACACACCAAGAAACACAAUCAUGGUCAUGGACUACCAUUUCUUAGUCUUUUCUAGCCUAGCGGCUAUCAUCUACGGCGCCCUGCGAGUUUCCUAUUCCAUUUGGUGGAAGCCCAAGUCCCUGGAGAGGAAGUUGAAGCAGCAGGGAAUCACAGGGACGUCCUACAAACCGCUGCUCGGGGAUAUGAAGGACUUCAUCAAGCACAUAACCGAAUCAUGGUCCAAACCCAUCAAUCUGAACCAUCAGAUUGCAGGCCGGGUCGACCCAUUUACGCUGAACAUCGUCCAGAAGUAUGGAAAUGUGGCUAUGUUCUGGUUUGGGAAAACACCAAAGGUGAUCAUCAAAGACCCAGAGCUGAUACAAGAGGUGCUCUCCAACAAGCUUGGCCAUUUCGGGAAGCCGCCUUUGAACCCACUUAUCCUCAUCCUUGCCAGAGGGUUGACGGUUCUGGAAGGUGAGAAAUGGGCUAAACACAGGAAGAUCAUCAAUCCUGCUUUCCACCUUGAGAAGCUCAAGGGUAUGUUGCCUGCAUUUGGGCUCAGUUGCAGCAACAUGAUAGCACAAUGGAACGAAAUGGUUGGUCCUCAGGGAACUUGUGAAGUGGAUGCCUGGCCUGAGCUUCAGAAGCUCACCAUGGAUGCUAUCUCAAGGGCUGCAUUUGGUAGCAGCUAUGAACAAGGGAAGAAGAUCUUUCAGCUUCAGAAAGAACUGAUUUUGCUGGUUAUGGAAGCCAUGCAGACCUUGUACAUUCCUGGGUUCAGGUUUUUGCCAACCAAGAAGAAUCUGAGGAGGAAAACACUGGACAGAGAGAUAACGUCAACGCUGAGAGGUAUAAUUGAGGAAAAGCAGAACGCCAUGAGAGCUGGGGAAUCAAGAACUGAUGACUUGCUGGGGCUUCUCUUGCAGUCAAAUGAACAGAACAACCAAUCAGAAAGCACGAGUAGCAAGAAAGGUGACCAUGGUUUGACAAUAGAAGAGGUUAUAGAGGAAUGUAAGGUAUUCUAUGUGGCAGGUCAAGAGACAACCUCAAGCUUGCUAACAUGGACGAUGAUAGUUCUAGCUAUGCACCCAGACUGGCAAGAAAAAGCAAGACAGGAAGUUAUGCAAGUUUGUGGGAAGGAUGAAGAACCGACUUUUGAAGCCCUGACCCACCUCAAGAUUGUGAGUUUGUUGGUUUUAGCUUAACGGUUUUCGGACUAUGAUCGGUAUGGUUAAUCAGACAAUAGCAACCAAUUAGUCACCAUUGCUGAAAGGUUCCUAGUAUGCUCUGUGUCUUCACAUGACAUUAAUUCUACCCUUUCACUGCAGGUGACAAUGAUACUAAAUGAAGUACUAAGGCUAUAUCCACCAGCAAUUGCUCUCUACCAACAUACUUACAGAGAGACAAAGAUCGGAAACCUGUCACUGCCAGCAGGGGUUGAUGUAACUCUGCCCAUACUGCUCAUUCAUCACGAUACUCAGCUUUGGGGGAACGAUGCAGAUGAAUUCAAACCAGAAAGAUUCUCUGAAGGAGUUGCAAAGGCAUCAUCUAAACAUCGACUGGCCUUCUUUCCUUUCGGCUGGGGACCAAGGACCUGUAUAGGCCAACAGUUUGCCAUAUUAGAAGCUAAGAUGGCUCUGGCUAUGAUUCUGCACAAUUUCUCGUUUAAGCUCUCACCUUCUUAUGCACAUGCCCCCAAUACUGUUAUGUUGCUUCAACCACAGCAUGGAGCUCAACUGAUCCUCCACAAACUCUAAGGAUUCCAGAGUUGCUGGUGCAAUCUUCUCCUGUAUGGACUUCAAUAUAUAAUAAUAAUAAUAAUAAUAAUAAUAAUAAUAAUAAUAAUGUUUGGCCAACGACAUAUUAGAG